CUGGGUGGCCCGGCGCCGACACCCCAGCGAUAAAAUAGAUCUUCCACACUGAGACCGGCGCGCCCCAGGGGUGUGGCCCAAACGCAGUCCCGCCCUCUGGCUCCCAGCCAAACACUGAGCCGGGAUCGAUCCGGCCCCGGCCUGGACUUGCUCAGCUCCGAGCCCGGGGAACCACGCCCCCGGGAGCCUACUGCCUGGCCAGCGCAGGGCUGGUCUUCAGUCAUAUAUCGCCCCCACUUGGGAAAAGGUGCAUGGGCCUCUCGCCGCCUCGUCGGGUCCUUCCUCUCUACCUGCCUUUCCAAACCCUCUCGGCCCCGAGCCACCUGGCUGCGUGGGUGGGUGUGCAGAGGUGCGGCGUCCAGAACACGGCUCCCGCAGAGGCUCUGGGUAGCAAGCAGCCCUGUUACCGCCCAGAUGGUGCGUGCGGCCGAGCCCCCCGACGGGGGCUGGGGCUGGAUGGUGGUGCUCUCGGCAUUCUUCCAGUCGGCACUGGUGUUCGGGGUGCUCCGCUCCUUUGGGGUCUUCUUCGUGGAGUUUGUGGCGGCGUUUGAGGAGCAGGCAUCGCGCAUCUCCUGGAUCGCCUCCAUAGGAAUCGCGGUGCAGCAGUUUGGGAGCCCGGUAGGCAGCGCCCUGAGCACGAAGUUCGGGCCCAGGCCGGUGGUGAUGACUGGAGGUGUCUUGGCUGCGCUGGGGAUGCUGCUCGCCUCUUUUGCUACCUCCUUGACCCACCUAUACCUGAGUAUUGGGUUGCUGUCAGGCUCUGGCUGGGCUUUGACCUUCGCUCCGACCCUGGCCUGCCUGUCCUGUUACUUCUCUCGUCGUCGAUCCCUGGCCACCGGGCUGGCACUAACAGGCGUGGGCCUCUCCUCCUUCGCAUUUGCCCCCCUUUUCCAGUGGCUGCUCAGCCACUACGCCUGGCGGGGGUCCCUACUGCUGGUGUCUGCCAUCUCCCUCCACCUGGUGGCCUGUGGUGCUCUCCUCCGGCCACCCUCCCUGGCUGAGGACCCUGCUGUGGGUGGUCCCAGGGCCCAACUCAGCUCCCUCCUCCAUCAUGGCCCCUUCCUCCGUUACACUGUUGCCCUCACCCUGAUCAACACUGGCUACUUCAUUCCCUACCUCCACUUGGUAGCCCAUCUCCAGGACCUGGAUUGGGACCCACUGCCUGCUGCCUUCCUACUCUCAGUUGCUGCUAUUUCUGACCUCGUGGGGCGUGUGGCCUCUGGAUGGCUAGGAGAUGCAGUCCCAGGGCCCGUGACGCGACUCCUGAUGCUCUGGACCACCCUGACUGGGGUGUCACUAGCCCUGUUCCCUAUAGCUCGGGCUCCCACAGCCCUGGUGGCUCUGGCUGUGGCCUACGGCUUCACAUCAGGGGCGCUGGCUCCACUGGCCUUCUCCGUGCUGCCUGAACUAGUAGGGACUAGAAGGAUUUACUGUGGCCUGGGACUGUUGCAGAUGAUAGAGAGCAUCGGGGGGCUGCUGGGACCUCCUCUAUCAGGCUACCUCCGGGAUGUGACAGGCAACUACACGGCUUCUUUUGUGGUGGCUGGAGCCUUCCUUCUUUCAGGGAGUGGAGUUCUUAUCACCCUGCCCCACUUCUUCUCCUGCUUCUCAGCUGCUGCCUCCAGGCCCCAGAACCUUGUAACAGAAGCACUGGAUACUAAAGUUCCCCUGCCCAGGGAAGGGCUGGAAGAGGACUGAACUCCACAGAGUCAGGCCCAGAAAGUCAGAGCAUGACAGCUCCAGGUCUUCUCUUGCCACGUCUUGGCCUCCACGGAACAAUAGUGCCUUAAGAUCCUUGAUCUGCCUCCCCCUAGAGCAGGCCUGGGGCUCCUGCAAAGUGUGUGCCAACCCCUU